CUCGCCCCUUCCUGCCCAGCAACCCUCCCACGGAAGCGGCUGUAUUUAUUUAAUGCUCCUUGCCUUGCGGCGAGCUCUACUUCCUGGUGGGGGAGGCGUCCUCAUUUUUUUCGGGGGUUUCUCCCGCGGGAAUCCUGAACGCCAGAGAGGCAUUUGGCCAUCAACUGUGCAGUUUCCCCUCUCAGGGAUUGUCUUGUCUUGUCUCAGUGGAGAGAUUCCGGAUAUACGUUGCCACAAAGCCGAUGGCCGACGGAGAAGUGCCCCGGACGGGAUUCAGUCUGCAGUUGCAAACCGCUUUGGAGAAGUGGAUGCAGCCAGGGUUCAAGAGGCAGGAUUUGGGGCGAGUGGCUUCCAAACCAGGCGAGCAGUUCGGAGGAGACAGGAAGAGCUGCAGAGGGCUUGAAGGAGCGGAGCAACUGGUAAAACAGGAGCCAGACCUGCUCUCUCAGCAGUGGGAAGCCCAGUGGCAGGAAUUCUUGAAGAUGUCUGAAUCCCAGCAGCCCUGGGGGGUUGUGUCCCUGAUUCAGGAGGAGCCCUCCCCCUGGGACGACGCCAAGGCCUUCCUGGCCUCCUUCGAGCAGGUGGCCGAGGCCUGCCAGUGGCCCAAGGAGGAGUGGGCAUCCCGGCUGCUGCCCGCCCUCCGAGGAGAAGCCGAGCAAGCUUAUUGCAAUCUGGAAAGCUCCGAGAGAGAGGAUUAUGGGAAAGUGAAGGCAGCCAUCUUGCACAGGGAUGCCCUGUGCCGUGAGAAGCUGCGCCAGCACUUCCGCCGCUUCUGCUACCAGGAAGUCGAGGGACCCCGGGGGGCCUAUAGCCGGCUGCAGGCACUUUGCCAUCAGUGGCUGAAAGUGGGGCACCAUUCCAAGGAGCAGAUCCUGGAGUUGCUGAUCCUGGAGCAAUUUUUGGCCAUCCUGCCUCCCGAGAUCCAGAGCUGGGUCCGUGGAAAUAGCCCGGAGACCUGCAUUCAGGCGGUGUCCCUGGCUGAGGAUUUCUUGCAAAUGCAACAGGAAGCUCAGCACCAAGAGAUGCUCAAGGAAGUGAGGGAUGCUGCAGAGGACUGUGGGAAGGGACAACUGUUCAGGGAGGCUAAUGAUGAGGGGAACGCUGGAGAUACCGGUGAAGGGAGUAGAAGCGUUGACAAAAUGGAGAAAUAUGCCUUGGAGAAUUCUGAGCCCGAAGCGUCGCACGAGGUGCUCGGCGGGAGAGCAGAAGAGCCAGGGGCUCGGUUCGGCGAGCAGGAACACCUUUCCCAAAGCCAAGAGAGACUAAUUUGGCCUCAGAAAUACCUUCCCAGGGAGAUGGGCGACAGUGCGGUGCCUUGCCGAGGAAGUUACCGGGAGCUCGGCCAGUCCAAAAUGCCCAUCGUUAAGAAGUACAGCGCCUCCAGCAUUAUCGCGAGGAGUUUCUACCAUAAAUCAAACUUCACUAAACAAAAGAAAAACCACCCGGGAGAAAAAACCUACAGCUGUUUGAAUUGCGGGCGGAGAUUCAGUCGUAGGUCGAACCUUAAACGUCACGAGGGCAUCCACACGGGGGAGAGACCUCACGAAUGCUUGGAGUGUGGGAAGAAGUUCACCCGGAAGUCUUACCUUCUUAAACACAGCACCGUUCACAUGUACGGAGGAUCAACAUAGCAGUUGGUGAGGAAAAAGACGGGCGCGUAGAAAAUUGGUACUGCGGGAAAACAAGUCAAAAAGGGGGACUUGAUUAUCCUCCAGAUCUCUAUGGUUCUCAGGAAGCACGUUGGGAAUCCCAGGAAAUACUCAGACCUUGGCGAAAUGUUAUUCUAGGAUGCACCACGUAGAAGAAUCCUCCAGCGUUUCAUAAAUUUUUUUGGGGGGGGGAAUUCAUAAUGCACAAGAGAGGGAGGGAGAGAUCGCAUGAAUCUUGAUUAGAUGUCAGUCUGUUUCCACCUCACUUCUUUUUGAGUUGCAGGAUGCCGUCAACACAGUUCCGGGACAAUUGGCUGAUAGCUUUGUCAUUUGGGAUAUUUCAUCUAUGAAAAUGGGAGGGAAGACGUCUUAUAUGCCAAAGCUUAAAUCUAAUCGUCUAUUUGGAAGGCUGAAAUGUUUCUAUAGAACAGCGUAGAAAAUCUUAAAUAUAACUAAGAGACGGUAUAUUCCACUAGCGUAUAAUUCCACGAAGAACAGCUGCCAGAAGAGAAGAGGGAAGCUGUUCCAUGGAGAACAGAAACAAUCCAGCAUCAAUCUGAGUCAGGGGUCUUCAAACUUGGCCCUUUUAUGACUGGCUGAGGAAUUCUGGGAGUUGAAGUCCACAAGUCAUAAAAGGGUCAAGUUUGAAGGCUUCUGUUCUGAGUGAUCCAAAUUCACUCAUGUUAAUCUGAGCAGACUAGUGACUUCCAAGAUGAUACAGGGAAUGAGACUCCACCCCACCCCAGUAGCCAUUUUACCUUUACAGUUUUUCCUUGGUUGUUUGGUCUAUUUCAAUGUUUCUGAACCUCGACGACUUUAAGAGGUAUGGACUUCAACUCCCAGAAUUCUCAUGGUCGGCUGGAGAAUGCUGGGAGUUGAAGUCCACACCUCUUAAAAGUUGGCGAGGUUCAGAAACGCUGGUUUGUUUUGUUCAAUGGAUACGAUCGCCUCCCUUUCCCAAAGUGACUCUGAGUGGCUCACAGUGUUAAAAAAAAACAAUAACACACACGACCAAAAAAAUAAAAAAUCUAGGGGAAAAAAAAGCAUGACAGAACGAAACAAAUCGAAACUUCUGUAGCACCAGGAGCAAAGUUCACCGGAAGCCUAUCGGUGCAUCCUGUCAGCUCAAGGGCCCUCGUGCUCAGUAUGUGAGGGAAGAACCAGAUUUUCAAUGUCUUUCUACAAGCUGGCAGAGCUGGGAUCACGUGGUUCUCAAAAUGAAGAUGUGGAUCUGGGAAAAUGUUCCUCUGUAGAAGAGCCUCUUUGAAGAAGAAAAGCCAGCUAGAACUUUGAGGAACGUUUGUUCUUCAUCCUGUAGUUGUUGGCGAGCUCCGUAGUUUGAGGCGCUGCCGAACCCUCAGCUAGGUCUCCAUAAUCUGGUCAUAAUCUGUCCAAACUCGGAUUCUCAAUCCAUCAACUCCUCUCACUUUCUACUAUUCCUGCCAGCGAUUUAGAGCAGUGUUAACUCACCCUUGCCUCUUUGAAUAUGGGUGGACUUCAAUUCCCAGAAUUCCUUUGCCAGCGUGUUGACUGGGGAAUCCUGGGAACCGAAGUCCACCCAUCUUAAAAGUCACUAAUCUUGAGGAACACUGAUUUAGAGAGAAAGCUCCCAGCUGGCCUUUGCCUUUCUCCAUCUUUCUAGUCAGAGCCUGCUAGCUGUAAUCCACGUUUCUCUUUUUUUUUUUCUCCCCAUGCACAUAUAUAUUAAAAUAAAAGCUUGCAGUCUGAUUCUAGUCUGUUCUGAGUAAUUGUCACCCCUCUUUAGAGAAGUCAUUCCCCUUUUAUUUGCUGGAAAUAAAUCUGGGCAGGCAGUACAGUCUGAAAAAAAAAUUCCUUUUAUUCCUGGUGGGGAUUCACGUGAGGGUGUGAAAAGAGGCUGCACAAUUUACCAGGGUGAAAUCCAAAAAGCAGGAAAUUCUUGAAUUUGUGUUUUGCUCCCAAAGCUACUGCAGGCCCCUUUGAAGUCUUGAAAAGACAAUGUGAAUGUAAAGAUGCCUUUAUUGGGGUUGGGAUGAAUAAAGUUCUCUAUGUUAAAUAAUCAUGCCA